AGUAGGUACGCUAACAUUAUCAGAGAGAAGUUUCCUUUUAUAACGUAUGGUUCACUUACCAUACGUUGAAAUUAAAUUACUUGUUUGUUUGAUAAAUCAGUUAAAAAUUUAAAUCAUUUGGUUUUAUUCCUGCCAAACUGAUUAUUUCAAUUGUGACUAUGGAAAACAAAACCCAUGUUUUCUUGCGAGGGAAAUUAUAUUUUUUAGUGCUCAAAAUUUCAACACAGAUUAAGACGUCGAAAAAUAUUUUAGUACUGCUUAUUAUAUUAUCAGUAUCACUGCUUUGCUGGUGGGAAUUACAAUUAAUUAGCUACAAGGCAUAUGAUUUACAUCAUGACGUAAACUAUUUCGAUCACUUCAAGCGUAAUCGCAAUUUGGAGGAUUACAUUAAAGAAAUCAAUCUUCUACAAGAACCCUCAACUUUACCAUGUCGAGAUAAUAUUUCAAUUCUGGUUACCGUUGCUUCUUCUCCUUUCCAUGUCAAGCAACGUGAGGCAAUAAGGAUUACAUGGGCCACUCGAUUGCGAACUCUGUUCAUUAUUGGCCUAAAUAAUGCCAAAGAAAUUGAUCAUUUGUCCGACAGGCACAAAGGUGAUCUAGUAGUUUACCAGUUUCAAGAACAUUAUCAGAAUCUCACACUGAAGACGGCUCUCAUGCUAAAAUGGACGGCACAGAAAUGUUCAUCAAAAAUAAAGUUUUUACUCAAGACUGACGACGAUAUUUUAAUUAAUCCAUGGCAGAUAGAAAGAAUUGUUAAAGAAAAUUUGGAUGCAGAUCUUAUCGGCUAUAAGAAUGAAAAUGCUGCAGUUUAUCAUAAUGAAGACGAAAAAUGGUUCCUUCCUCAUUGGUUAUACGCAGAUGAUAUGGUUCCUGAAUAUCUUUCUGGCAAUGCGUAUUUAAUAAAUGGAAAACAUAUACUUCAAAUUUUGAAAGCGGCAUAUUCAGUUCCUGUUAUCAAUAUAGAAGAUAUUUAUUUUACUUUCUUAGUUGCGAAAAAGAAAUUGGGGUUACGGCUAACUCAUGAACCGCGACUACGGGGAUUCAAACCAUGGCUGCCUUUAACACAAUUUUAUUGGAAUUUAGCUUCAGUUCAUAGUUUGUCGCCAACAGAAAUGUUAAAAUGGUGGUCAAAAUUAGUAACAAUGGGUGAAAAAUAAUUAAUGGUAGAAGUAGAUUCUACACGCUUUGCUUCGCGUUGACUAAGAUAACAUUUUUAUAAUCUUGUAUGUGAUACAGGUGGUACGGGUACAUAAAGGAGUGUGUAUCUAGGU